CCGGAAGUCGCUGCUCAACAACAACAGCCCCAAAUCCAACAAACAUGGAGUAAAAACCCGAUAAAAGAGCGACAGGACGCACCGGGGACAGGAUGACGAGCCCGGGGAGGAGCGGGGACAUCAUCCACCUGAACGUGGGCGGGAAGAGGUUCAGCACCUCCCGGCAGACGCUCACGUGGGUCCCGGACUCCUUCUUCUCCAGUUUGCUGAGCGGUCGGAUCUCCACGCUGAAGGACGAGACUGGAGCCAUCUUCAUCGACAGAGACCCGUCGCUGUUCGCUCCGAUCCUCAACUUCCUUCGCUCCAAAGAGCUGCACCCGCGCUCCAUCCACGUCCAACUGCUGCUGCACGAGGCCGAGUUCUACGGCAUCACGCCACUCGUGCGGAAGCUGCAGUUAUGUGAUGAACUGGACCGGUCGUCCUGUGGAAAUGUGCUGUUCAACGGAUACCUGCCCCCUCCUGUUUACCCGUUGAAGCGUCGUAACCGCCACAGCGUCGCCGGCUCCCAGUUCAUGUCGAGCAGAGCGCCCCCGGUGGAGAGGGCGGUGCGGCGCAGUAACACCAUGCCUCCCAAUCUGGGCCAUUCUGGGAUUCUGAGUCCACGAGGCCCCGAGGAACGCCCCGCCCCCUCGCAGUCACAUGACCCCGGCCUCGUACGCAUCAUCUGUGGACAUCACAAUUGGAUCGCCGUGGCGUACGCGCAGUUUGUCGUCUGCUACAGAGUGAAGGAGUCCACGGGCUGGCAGACCGUCUUCACCUCUCCGCGUCUGGAUUGGCUCAUCGACCGCGUGGCCCUGAACGCCAAAGUGAUGGGCGGCGCUCUGGGCGAACACGACAAAAUGGUGGCCGUGGCGUCGGUCACUGAGAUCAUCCUGUGGUCCAUCUGCCCCGACGGCAACGGGAACGAGAUCGGAGUGUUUAGCCUGAAUGUUCCAGUGGAGGCGCUGUUCUUCAUCGGGAAUCAGCUCAUCGCCACCAGCCACACGGGGAAAGUGGGAGUGUGGAACGCCGUCACCAAACACUGGCAGAACCAGGAUGUGGUCCCCAUCAGCUCCUACGACACGGCCGGCUCCCUGCUCAUCCUGGGCUGCAACAACGGCUCCAUUUACUACAUCGAUGUGCAGAAGUUUCCUCUGAGGAUGAAGGACAACGACCUCCUGGUGACAGAGCUGUACAGAGACCCAACAGAGGACGCCAUCACUGCCCUGAGCGUCUACCUCACCCCAAAGACAAGCGACAGCGGUAACUGGAUCGAGAUCGCGUACGGGACCAGCUCUGGGACCGUCCGGGUCAUCGUCCAGCACCCAGAGACCGUGGGCUCUGGACCCCAGCUCUUCCAGACCUUCAGUGUCCACCGCAGUCCGGUCACCAAGAUCAUGCUGUCUGAGAAGCACCUCAUAUCAGUGUGUGCGGACAAUAAUCAUGUCCGCACGUGGACGGUGACGCGCUUCAGGGGGAUGAUCUCCACACAGCCGGGGUCCACUCCUCUCACCUCCUUUAAGAUCCUCAGUCUGGACGAAGGGGAGGGUCAGGGGGGCUGCAGCGCCGGGACGGACAUCGGUCCUUAUGGAGAGAGAGAUGAUCAGCAGGUUUUUAUUCAGAGAGUCGUCCCAGACACAGAGAAACUCUACGUCCGACUGUCGUCCAACGGAAAGAGGGUGUGUGAGGUUCGCUCUGUGGACUGCACGUCCAUCACUUGCUUCACGGUCCAUGAGUGUGAGGGCUCCAGCAGGAUCGGCUCCAGACCUCGGAGGUACCUCUUCUCCGGACACAGCAACGGAAGCAUCCAGAUGUGGGACCUGACCACAGCCAUGGACAUCGCCGGGAAGGUGGACAUCAGAGCUCUGGGCGGGCCCACAGAGGAGGAGCUGCUGGAGCUGCUGGACCAGUGCGACUUGGCUCUGACCCGGACUCCAGACAGUACACCACGAGCCUCCACCUGCAGCCUCCAGUCUCAGCUCUCUGACUUCAGACCUGAACGACCUCACUCCAGAGGGGGAGGGGCCACCGGGGGCGUGUCCUCUGUGGGCGGGGCGUCGGGCUCAUCCUGCUCUCUGAUUGGCUCCUUCCCACGCCACGCCCCGCCCCCCUUGCCUCAGUCGAGACCCAGCCCUAGACCCAGUCCCAGACCUAGUCCCCGCCCGCUGAGGUUUGUGGAGCGCUGUCAGGAGCUCGCCAAAGAGGGGGCGGGACCGGAGCCAGGGAGGCGGAGCUUAGCCCUCAGCAGCGAAUCAGAGCUUAGAUUUGGUUUGAGGACGCCGCCCACUUCCUUCUCCCCGCCGUCGCCCGGAAACCGCCUCUCCCCGGCGGCGGCGGCGUCAUCAGCGGCAUCAUCCAUGACAUCACCGCCACAUCGCAGAGCCACGCCCACCUCCCCCCCAGGCCACGCCUCCUCACCUGCUGUUGCUGCGGCGACGCCACACAGCCCUGAAAAUCCUGCCUCCACCAGCCCCAAGCCCCCCCUUAACGAGACCAGCUUCUGAACUGGACCGGGACUGGGACUGGACCGGGACUGGACUGAACCGGGACUGAACCGGGACUGGACUGGACCGGGACUGGACCGGGACUGGACUAAGACUGGACUGGGACUGGACCGGGACUGGACUGAACCGGGACUGGACCGGGACUGGGACUGGACCGGGACUGGACUGAACCGGGACUGGACCGGGACCGGGACUGGACCGGGACUGGAGUGAACCGGGACUGGACUAAGACUGGACCGGGACUGGACUGGACCGGGACUGGACCGGGACCGGGACUGGACCGGGACUGGAGUGAACCGGGACUGGACUAAGACUGGACCGGGACUGGACCGGGACUGGGACUGGACCGAACCGGGACUGGACCGGGACUGGGACUGGACGGGGACUGGACCGGGACUGGACCGGGACUGGGACUGGACCGGGACUGGACUGAACCGGGACUGAACCGGGACUGGACCGGGACUGGACCGGGACUGGACUAAGACUGGACCGGAACUGGACCAGGACUGGACCGGGACUGGACCAGGACUGGACCAGGACCCUUGACCUGGUUCCUUCUGGACGAUCGUUCCGUUUCCUUUGCACACAUGUAGCCACGAGUCCAAACUGUGGAUUUUUACUUUUGUCAUGAGUCUUUUAAUUUUUCCGUUUCCUGAGGAGCAGCCAAAAUGUACUCGAGUAAGAGUACUGUUACUUCAAAAUAACGUUACUUUAGUAGAAGUACACAGCAGUUAAGAGAAGGAAGAAAUUACUCAAGUAAGAGUAAAAAAGUAUUUAUGAAAAGUACUCGAGUAAGAGAUUUAACUUAGAGUAACUGUCAAUCUGAUCUGAAGGAGCUGAAAGAAACAGAAUCACUUCAUUAUCGACAUGAAGCUCAAGUCACUUUAGACUUAAGUGGGAAGAGAAACCACAACUUUUACUCGAGCAAGAGUACUGUUACUUCAAUAAAAAAUGACUAAAGUAUGUGUAAAAGUAUGGGGUCUGAAGUACAGUUUUAUUAAGUUACUCGAGUAAACGUGAGUCCUGUCCACGUGUCUUCUUCCUGCUGCGUCUUCACUGGAUCAGGGCCAAAGUUGUUCCUUUAAAUCUUAAGCACAAACUGAAUGUUAAAGACAGUGUCCUCCCUGAAGUCUGAGGUUAAAGACUGUGUCCAGGACCAAACCAGGGACGAAACCAGGGACCAAACCAGGACUAAGUCAGGACCAAACCAGGACUAAAUCAGGACCAAACCAGGACUAAACCAGGACUCUAGGUGAGAUCUCUGGGUCCUCUUAAACAGCUUUGUUUCUUUCAGGAUGUUUCAGGAGGACACUGUAUGAAACUUUUUCUGAUGUGUGAAAAACUCAAAUGGCUCCGGUGUUUUUGAUAAUUUUUUGUAUUUAUCUAAAUUGUGUUUGUACAUUUUCUACUCUGACUUUUCUAUCAGAAAAUAAACACAUUUGAACACG